AUGACGACAAAGAUGGCAGCCUCCAUAGUUGAGCAUGGGGAAGAUGCAUUUAGAAAAUUAUUCAAAUUUUAUAAACGGAGAAAUCCACCUCCAGAUUUCAGCGAGGUUAUUGAUUUCUCAAAAAAUUUGAAGAGCGAAGCGGUUUUUGUCUCUCAGUUGAAUCCUGGGUCAGUUAGUGAGGAAGAGGUUUACAGAGUGGGUCUAAAGCCUGUUAAGGACUGGAGAGCCUAUGGUCUUAAGGGAUACCCAGGAUUCUUGUUUAUUUCCAAUCCGUUCUUACCGGGCUCACAGCAGUACUGGGUAAAGCAGUGUCUGAAGGUUUACCCUCAGAAACCCAAUGUGUGCAACCUGGACAUGCACAUGCCAUCUGCAGAGACAGAGAACAUAUGGGAGAAAAGCGCUGACAUCAUACGGAAAAAAGGCUCAGGAAAACGUGAACCCAAGACACUACUGGAGAAGCUUCGCUGGGUAACGCUGGGCUACCACUACAACUGGGACUCCAAGACCUACUCAGCAGACCACUACACCCCCUUCCCAAUGGAUCUCCACUCCUUAUCAGACAAAGUUGCUGCAGCCUGUGGCUUCCCUGGUUUUAACGCAGAGGCGGGGAUACUGAAUUUCUACCGUUCUGAUUCGUCACUUGGAAUCCACGUUGACGAAUCAGAACUGGACCAUAGUCAACCUCUUCUGUCUUUCAGUUUUGGACAGACAGCUGUGUUCCUGCUGGGAGGGACUAAAAGAGAGGAGCCGGCCACGCCCAUGUUCAUGCGCAGCGGUGACAUCAUGGUGAUGUCAGGUUUCAGUCGACUACUCUACCAUGCUGUGCCUUGUAUUGUGCCUUCCACAACACUACCAUCCUGCCUGGAACAGCAGCUGCAGAAGGAGUCACAGCCUGAUGGCCUGUCUCUGGAGGUGUCACAACAGGAUUGGGAAAUAUGCUCCAAGUACCUCCUCACAUCACGGGUGAACAUGACUGUCAGACAAGUGCUUGGUCCGGGCCAGUCUUUUCCAUCUGCGCAGACCCCAAAAGACCCACUAUGCGAAUCCAAAGGGGGCUACCAUGAGUCAUCAGAAGAGGAAACCCAAAAAAACAAAAGAUGGAAGAGUGAAUCAGAAUAUGAGGGCGACUCUUGAUAUAUGAACGUUUGAUGAAACGUUGACUUUUAAAUGACUUUGAAACGUUACAAAACCUUAUAUUCUCAGGAUUUAUUUAUGCUGU